GACAACUUUGAAUGCAUUUCUAAGAGCUGACAUUAGUCGCACGUGAUGGAGGGAGACUUUGUGUGAACCUUAUUUGCCCCGCCCCACCUUUUGAGGUCGUUGUUCUCCAUCGUUCUUUUUUUGCAUCAUCAUCCUUGCCCUUCAUACGACGAGCAUCACCAGCUUCAUAGUUUGUGCUGCAGUCUGUACGUUUGACAAGAACUCGACCGCUGAAAUGGCUCCGACCUCACUUGUCCAGACAAAGCUGGUCGCAGCCUCGUCGUUGCACUCCCGCUUGCCUCGGAUUCAGCACACCUACGUCUGGCCUUUCUUUUUUCUGUAUCCCGCCUGGUCCUUCGUCUAUUUUUACCACUACGAAGAGUGGAUCAAGUCUGAAGAAAUCACCUUUGUUACUCUUGGCCUGCUCCUCACCAUCAACGCGCUUUUGUUCUUGACCUGUCAAUGGAGCGUAUCGAUCAAGGCAUCACUGACCUGCAAGAAGGAAACCGACCCCGCAAAGGCAACUGUUAUCCGAAUCAUCCCUGACAAGCACCGUGGGCUGGGCGCACUCUGCGAUCUUCAUCAUGAGAAUGGAUCUAUUUUCUUCUUCUUCCAGAAGAAAAAGUAUGUGUACAAUGCCGACAAGAAGUUGUUUGUCAAGAUCAAGUACCCCAGUGACAUUGGACUGACCAUGGGCGAGCUUCAGAAGGCUCGCGGAAUGAAUGAGGACCAGGUUAAGACCUCGACUGCCGCUUAUGGAAUGAACAGGUUUGACAUUCCCAAGCCAGCUUUCAUGGAGCUCUUCAAGGAGCAUGCCGUGGCCCCGUUCUUCAUCUUCCAGAUCUUCUGUGUCGCUCUCUGGUGCUUGGAUGAAUACUGGUACUACUCGCUUUUCACUUUGGUCAUGUUGGUCAUCUUCGAGUCCACCGUUGUUUGGCAGCGCCUUAGAACCAUUGGCGAAUUCCAAGCCAUGUCGAUCAAACCGUUCCAUGUCAACGUUCGCCGUAACGGCUCAUGGACCAGCAUCAUGUCCGACGAACUCUUGCCUGGAGAUCUCGUUUCGAUCAUGCGCACCAAGGAGGAGUCUGGCGUUCCUUGUGAUAUGGUCAUUGUGGAUGGAUCCUGCAUUGUCAACGAAGCCAUGUUGUCUGGAGAAUCUACACCAUUGCUGAAGGAGGGCAUCAUGCUUCGUGAGACGGACGAUGUGCUCGAGUUGAAUGGCGCUGACAAGCUGAACGUGCUCUAUGGAGGAACCAAGGUCCUUCAGGUUACUCCUCCUACCACUUCUUUGAAAGCCCCUGACGGUGGAUGCAUUUGCUACGUCGCCCGCACGGGUUUCGGAACUGCUCAAGGAAAAUUGGUCCGCACCAUGGUCUAUUCCACCGAGCGCGUCACUGCUAAUAACUUGGAGGCGCUUCUGUUCAUCCUGUUCCUCCUUAUCUUCGCCAUCGUCGCUGCAUACUAUGUCUGGGUUGUCGGGACUGAAAGCGGACGUAAGCGUGGAAAGCUGUUGCUGGACUGCAUCUUGAUUAUCACCUCAGUCGUUCCUCCAGAGCUCCCCAUGGAACUGUCUUUGGCCGUCAACACCUCCCUGAUCGCUUUGGCGCGCUAUCACAUCUUUUGCGUUGAGCCGUUCCGUAUCCCGUUUGCAGGAAAGGUCGAUGUGUGCUGUUUUGACAAAACUGGAACUUUGACAGGAGAGGAUCUUGUUGUUGAAGGUGUCUGCGGUAUUGAUGCCCAUGAACCGGAAAAGCUCAUCAUGCCCGAACAUGCCCCCACAUCUUCGCGCCAUGUCCUUGCGACUGCCCAUGCCCUUGUUCAGCUGGAGGAGGGUCUUGUUGGUGAUCCUAUGGAACGUGUUACUCUUGAAGCCUUGAAGUGGAAGCUUGGCCGGAACGACAACGUGUAUCCGGACAAUCCCUACAACAAAUCUGAGCACAUGCUGAUCCGUCGCCGCUUUCAGUUCUCCUCAGCCCUGAAGCGCAUGUCGACUGUUUCAACACUGUCUAGCCCCGAGUUCAGGACCACCAAGCUGUUCGUCGCCGUCAAGGGUGCACCUGAGACCUUGAAGAAUAUGUACAGUCAGUUACCCAAGCAUUACGAGGAUACCUACAAGCAGUUCACACGCCGUGGUAGCCGUGUCUUGGCCCUUGGAUACAAGUACUUGCCUGACGGACUGAACACCGAUCAGAUUAAUGCCCUUCACCGCGACAAUGUCGAGAGCCAACUCACGUUUGCAGGAUUUUUGGUCUUCCAUUGCCCGCUCAAGGAUGACUCUGCCCAGGCUAUCAAGAUGUUGAACGAGUCCUCUCAUCGCUGCGUCAUGAUUACUGGAGAUAAUCCAUUGACCGCCUGCCAUGUUGCCCGACAGGUCGAUAUUGUGAACCGCGACGUCUUGGUCAUGGAUGUCCGCGAAGACGGACGUGGCGCUGACGACCUUAUCUGGAAAUCGAUUGACGAGACCAAGGUUAUUGACCUUGACCCCUCCAAGCCUUUUGACCCGGCCAUCUUCCGUGAUUACGAUAUUUGUGUGACAGGACCCGCCAUGGCUCAGUACGAAAACAAGUCGACUUUUGCAGAAUUGAUCCGUCACACUUGGGUCUAUGCCCGCGUCUCGCCUGGACAGAAGGAAACCAUUUUGACCACCUUGAAGGGCUGCGGCUACACGACUUUGAUGUGUGGAGAUGGUACUAACGAUGUCGGAGCUUUGAAACAGGCCCACAUCGGUGUGGCCCUCCUGGAUGGAAAGCCCGAAGAUUUGGCCAGGAUCGCAGAGUACAACCAGAUUCAACGCCUGAAGAACGUGUACGAGAACCAAAUCAAGUUCACUGCCCGAUUCAACAUGCAGCCACCUCCACCCCACGCUAAGGUUGCUCAUCUCUAUCCUCCCGAGGUGAUUGCUGCUAAACAACAGGCUGCCCGUGAGGCUGCUGGCAUUGGUGCUGCGGACGAAAACGGUCGCCCUGUCCCCCCUCCCAGACCACAGAUGGAUAUGGAUGGCCUCGCCAACAUGAUGGAGGACUUGGACGAGGAGGCGCCCCCAACGAUCAAGCUUGGCGAUGCCUCUGCUGCUGCUCCCUUUACCUCGAAGCUGUCAACGCCCAUGUCGAUUGUCAACAUUAUCCGUCAAGGACGCUGCACGCUCGUUGCAACCAUGCAAAUGUACAAGAUCCUCGCUCUGAACUGCUUGAUCACGGCCUACUCGCUGAGUGUUUUGUAUCUGGAUGGCAUCAAAUUUGGCGAUUUUCAAGUUACGAUCACAGGAAUGCUCAUGGCCGUCUGCUUUAUGUGUAUCUCCAAGGCCACCCCACUCGAGGCCUUGUCGAAGGAGCGUCCCCAGCCCAAUAUCUUCAACUUUUACAUCAUUCUCUCGGUCUUGGGCCAGUUUGCUGUCCACAUCUUUUCGCUGAUCUACAUCACGCGCGAGGCCAAGUUGAUUGAGACGGAUCGCACCAUCGAUCUGGAGCGCACUUUCGAGCCCGGUCUGCUGAACUCGGCCAUUUACUUGAUCUCGCUCUCGAUGCAGGUGUCGACGUUUGCCAUCAACUACAAGGGUCACCCCUUCCGCGAGAGUUUGAAGGAAAACACGUACUUGUACCGUGGAUUGCUUGCUGUCGGAGGAGUGGCCGUGGCCGGUGCGACCGAGUUCAUGCCCGAGUUCAACACGUGGCUUCAGUUGGUUCCCUUCCCCGCGGAUUUCAAGACCAAGUUGAUAGGCAUCAUGGCGUUCGAUUAUUUUGUGGCAUGGGGUAUCGAAAUUGUGUGCAACGUGCUGUUCGGCAACUUUGCCGCCAAGGAUAUUGUUAGGAAAUAGACGCCUCAACGCCUCACCCAUCCUGUUUUUCGUACAUACACAUACACUUUUUAGUUUGUUGUUCUUUGAAUAAAUAUGUAGCU